AUGUACUCCAACACUUCGGGCUUCAGUCCAUCACCUUCGCCUGCGCCCGCCUCGCCACCUCAUGGGGCUACUUCGUCUGGCGCAGCAGGAGCAGGAGCAGGAGCAGGAGCAGGAGCAGGGACAGGCGGCGGAGGGGCUGGAGCAGGGGCGACCGCUGGAGCGACGACGACGAGCAGCAGUGCCGCGUCGGGUGGCUCAUCUGCAGCGAAUGGCGGCGGGGGAGGCGCAUCCCUCCACAACAAUGCGUCGAACAACAACAACAACAACGGCCAGCGAUAUUCGUUGAUCAACCGGUUGCAGCAUGGUCAUUACGGGCAGGCACCACCCCAUCAUGUGAGUACGAGCGCAGCGCGGCGUGCGUCCUCGAGUACGGCCGACGACGAUUCGUGAUCGGUUCUCAGUGAAACCUUGGUGCAUGACGAGCUGCAGUCGCAGUGUCGGCAUAGAAUCGUCGCUGAUCCGAAUCGACCUUUUUCCCAUCCUUUCUUCCCCCGCCGCGCGACGGAUCGGACCGGGACGACGACCGUUAAUGCGCUCCCUGGCCCACGCUCUACCGCACCACAUACCAAUCUCAGCAGCAACCCCAUCACUCCUUCUCGUACCCAGGACCACCGGGAUCACCGGCAGCCUAUGCGGGAGGGCCAUCCCACUCGCAGCACCACAACUCGCUGCCACCGCACUCGCACUCGCCCCAUCCUGGACAAGGGCCGGGCACACCACUUUCCCACUCGUCGCACCACCCGCAUCAACCUCCGCCGCACCACCAAAAGAAUGGCGCCGGCGGGAACAACCCAAACAACAACAACAACAACAACCCGUCCUCCCACCACCACCCGCAACAGACCGCGGGCGGGGGCCAACCCAACGGAAGCCAGGGUCCGCCCUCCUCCCACUGGCAGCAACAAAUGUCCCUCGCCCACAUCUCGCGCCAGUCCAACUCACCCCACCACAAUGCUCGAGCCGCCCAUCUCGCCGCACGAGGACACACGGGCUCGUCCGCCGCGAUCGUCAUCUCGGACCCGAGCCAGCGCCCCUCGAGCACGAUCGGCGGCGCAAAGCGCAGCUACGGCCCCAACCUCGCCAACGGCCACGGCAAGAAUGCCAGCUCCGCGUCCAAACUCUUCGACGACGAGCGCAGUGCAUCCGUUGGCUCGAUCCGUACCGACCACAUCCGCGACUCGGGCUCGUCCCCGACGACCGCCGCGACCGAGCUCGCCCUCGGGGGCAUCGACACUGUCGCGACCAACAAGUCCGACAAGCCGACAUGGUCCACGAUCGACAUGGGCGGCAUGAACCUCAAGAACUUGGCCCCCGAGCUGUUCCGGUACACGUUCCUGACGACGCUCUACAUCCCGCACAACUCGCUGUCGGUGCUGCCGACCUCGAUCUCGCGGCUGUCGAACCUCGUUCUGCUCGACGCCUCGUCCAACAAACUCACGUCCCUGCCCGUCGAGAUUGGGCUCCUGACACGCCUGCGCGAGCUCUUCCUAUUUGACAAUCACCUCCAGUCCCUGCCACCAGAACUAGGCACCUUGCACCAGCUCGACACGCUCGGGAUCGAAGGCAAUCCCUUGCCCGACACGUUGCGGUCUCUGCUUGAAAAGGACGGCACCUCAGCCCUCGUCGCCUACCUUCGCGACUCGUGCCCCGUACCACUGCCCCCUCCCGAACGGGACUGGAUCACCGUCGAACCGGAUUCGUUCCCGACCGCGGCCGCACUCAACGCCGACGGAUCCAAGCGGCCGCCGGAGGAGACCUUUUCGACCCUGAGCUACAACAUCCUGUGCGAAAAGUACGCGACCUCGCAAAUGUACGGCUAUACACCGAGCUGGGCGUUGAAUUGGGAGUACCGCAAGGAGUUGAUCCUGCAAGAGAUCAUGACCUACGGCGCCGAUCUGAUCUGCUUGCAAGAGGUCGACGUCGAGCAAUACGAGUCGUACUUUUUGGAGCAUCUCUCCGGGCAGGACUAUGACGGCGUGUACUACCCCAAGUCGAGGGCCCGGACGAUGCACGGCGACGAGCGCAAGCGCGUCGAUGGGUGUGCGACCUUUUUCAAGAACACGACCUUUGCGCUCGUCGAACAGGUCCUGAUCGAGUUCCAGCAGAUCGCGAUGCGGCGACCGGACUUCAAAAAGACCGAGGACAUGUUCAACCGCGUGAUGACGCAGGACAAUAUCGCCGUCGUGACGUGCCUCGAACAUCGCGCUUCGGGCGCUCGGCUCGUCGUCGCCAACACGCACGUGCAUUGGAACCCUGACUUUAGGGAUGUCAAACUCGUCCAAGUCGCGAUGAUGAUGGACGAAGUGCACAAGAUCGCCAACGAUUUCGCCAAGUUGCCUUCCCGGUUGAACCUAGGGGAAGGGUACGACGCCGCACCCAAAUACGCCAACGGGUCCAAGAUCCCGACCUUGAUCUGUGGUGAUUUCAACUCUGAACCCCAUUCGGGCGUGUACGAGUUCAUGACCAAGGGGCAAGUCGAGAAGGACCACGAGGAUUUCAUGGGGCAUACCUACGGCCAUUACACCUCGGAAGGGUUGAACCAUCGCUUGUCGCUCAAGUCGGCUUAUGGCCAUGUCGGCGAGUUGGAGUUCACGAAUUAUACACCCGGUUUCGAGGGCGUGUUGGAUUAUCUGUUUUACACGUGAGUUCAUCCCGUCGUGUUCUACUGAAGAGGUCGGCGGCGACUAAUUGAAUCUUUCUUUUUUGGGGGUGACCAGCACGAAUUCACUUUCGGUCACGGGUUUGCUCGGCCACGUCGAUUCCGAAUACACCGAUCGGGUCGUAGGCUUCCCUAAUGCUCAUUUCCCAAGGUGGGUUUGGUUUGGCUUGGUAUCGAAAUUUGGGAAAGUCCCUUCCUGAUACAAGAUGUAACCUUCUGUCCUGGACCCACAGUGAUCACAUUUCGGUUUUGGCCGAGUUCAAACUCAAGGAUGCUUAG